UAUGUGCAGACGCACAGACACGCGCGCGCACAUCGGACGGAACCGGGUUCUGCGAAGCCGCGAGCGGUCCACCUUAAAUCUGCGUUGGCGCGUACCACGUGACCGUGUUCCUGGAAAGUUCCUGGAAACGCGCGUCCGUGUUUGUGCUGAUCUCGGUUACUGGGCCGCGGCGGCACGUUGGUUCCGGUCCCGUCGCGGGUUCGGACGGUACAGACGCGUCGGUGCCGCUCGCGCGCGCGGGACCAGUGUUUGCUUGGCUCCGUUCAGGCGCGGACCCGCGGCGCGUGCCCCGCCUCUGUGCAUCGAGGACAGAGGUUCCCGCGGUCCGCGCGGGUGUGGAUUCGGUCCGGAUGGGUCGCGGUUCGAUCCGGUACAGGAUCCAGCUGGACCGGCCCGUCAUGUCGCUCCUCGAGCCGCUGGCGGAUCUCCUUCAGGACCGCGGGGUCUGAGUCCAGACCGGAUCCCGGAUCCCGGAGCGUCCCAUGACCUGCCAGUCCCCCCAAACCACAGAGGGGGAGCCGCAGGCCGCCGACGAGACCCGCAUCGCCUCCGCCAUGAAGGAGCUGCGGAGCACCGGUUGGUACUGGGGGAAUCUGACCGCUAACGAGGCCAAGGCCGUCCUGCAGGACUCCUCAGAGGGCACCUUCCUGCUGCGGGACAGCUCCCAGACGGACUACCUCUUCACCAUCUCGGCCAUGACGUCGGCCGGUCCCACCAACUUACGGAUCGAGUACAAACACGGCAAGUUCAAGCUGGACUCGGUGGUUCUGGUCCGGCCCAAGCUGAGGCAGUUCGACAGCGUGGUCCACCUGGUGGAUUAUUACUUCCAGCUGUCGAGGAGCACCCACAGAUCGGAUCCAAACUCUCAGCCUGUAGCCACGGGCCCCAACGGCACGGUGCAGCUGCUGCUCACCAAACCCAUGUACGCGGCGGCGCCGUCGCUGCAGCACCUGUGCCGGAUCGCCAUCAACCGAAGGACGCGGCAGACCCAGAACCUGCCCAUCCCCAACAGGCUGAAGGACUUCCUGACCAACUACACCUACAACGUGUAGGUCCGCUGUGACCCGUCCAAGAGGUUCUGAACGGGUUCACACACUCAAAUGGAGAAGCAGCUGUUUGUCUUUAGUGCCAGCAGGUUCUGUAGAACCAGACCCGCAGUCUGCAGGCGUAUGAGCGGCUCUAAUGGGGGAUUUUCUGUAAACUGUCCACAAACGUCUACUCGGUUCUGAAGAACGACCCGUUCCUGCAGCAGAACCACGAGCAGAACCGGGGAACAUCUCCAGCUCAGGGCGCUGUGAGCCGCAGCGGCCUGAUGAUUUACAGCUCAAAUUGAAGUGUGUGGGCGGAGCCUUAUAUUUACCCUCCAGGUCACCGCGAGGUGAUGAACGUCAUCAUGUUUGUGUCAGAGCUGGUAUCACCUGAGAGGACAGGUGUCUGCCCCGAUCUCAGGUGGAUCCAGAAUCCAGAAUCCUGAUCGGCUGAGUCCACAACCAAAGUCUGAACCGAAGACUCACAACGCCAAAACGCCAAAGGUCGGGUUAGCUCCGCCUUUGGGUGUCUGCUCUGGGUUUGCUGCUGGCUUCCUGUUUCACUCAUCCAUCCAUCCAUCCAUCUCUCCGUUCAUCCGUUACUCCUCCUCUACAUUCGGAGCAGAGUAGGAGCAGCUGAUCUGCUCAUAUAGCAUGCUAGUUGCUAGCAUAGACAUAUACGGAGUCUCUGGUUGCUGAUACUUCUUCAUGAGGUCUCUCUGCAGCAGAUAAACCUCUACUGCCGUCUACUGAUGGAAGCUGGAACUACAACAGGAAGUGAGAAACCAGAAGAAGCUUCUUCACCUUUCACCUUUGACCUUAUUUAUGCUCCUCAUCGGAGAGGGGGUGUCCCCCCUCCCUCAUGAACCAAAGUCUCUGUUUUCUGACUGAUCCGUGUUUUGGAACUUUGUUGUUUUCCUAAAUGAUCCCAAAGGCUUCAAUGUUUGUCUGGAAUUAAAAGACUUGAUUCAG